GGAUCCGCGGUUUGCACACGCGCGGUGCGGCUGCGCCGUUUCCCUCUGAGCGUCCCGGUCCGGGGGCGAUGGCUCUGAGGCUGCUGCGCGCUGCGCCGGGGGCAGCGAAGUCAUCACUGCUUUGCAGCUUUCUGAGGAGCACCAGCUCUAAGACAGGAGGAAGAUCUGAACCUGCAAAGCAGUCUCUUAAGAAACCGAAGUUACCAGUAGGUCGAUUUGAUGAACCAGAGGAAUCCAGUUUAGAGAGGGAACCCCUGGAAAAAUUCCCUGAUGGAAUCAAUCCUGUUACAAAAGAGAGGGGUGGACCUAAAGGCCCUGAACCUACACGCUUUGGAGACUGGGAGAGAAAAGGACGUUGUAUAGAUUUUUAAUGUAUAAAUGUGUCUGUAAGUAUUUCUUGUUGGAAAAUGUACAGAAAAAUCUGAGCUGGAUUUGUUGUGAAGCUUCUGAUUUCAAUCACACUUGUGAUUAGUUUUCUGAGAGAUACUAUGUAAAUAAACAUAAUGUUGCAACUCA